AUGGAUAUAAGCAACGAGGCACGAGUCGACUCGUUCUCGAUUGGCCCGUCGACCCUUUUCGGCCGAACGGUUGCAUUCAGAGUCUUGCUCUGCAAAUCCAUCUCCCACUUGAGACAUCAAAUUCUAGGGAUUCUACUACUUCACUUUGACAGAACCAAAAACUUCCUAAGUCGAUACUUAUCGCCCGUCAUCUCAUGGUUCCACCCUCGAAACCCACAAGGCAUACUUUUAAUGGUCACAAUCUUAGCUUUCGUGCUCAAGCGCUGCACGAACGUAAAAGCACGGGCCGAAAUGGCCUACCGGAGAAAAUUCUGGCGAAACAUGAUGCGGGCCGCAUUGACUUACGAGGAGUGGGCCCACGCAGCGAAAAUGCUCGACAAGGAGACUUUGAGAAUGAAUGAAUCUGACCUUUAUGACGAGGAGCUCGUGAGGAACAAAGUCCAGGAGCUUCGCCACAGGCGGCAAGAAGGUUCUUUUCGAGACAUCAUAUUUUAUAUGAGGGCCGAUUUGGUCAGAAACCUCGGCAACAUGUGUAAUCCGGAGCUUCACAAAGGAAGGCUCCACGUGCCGAGGCUAAUCAAAGACUAUAUUGACGAGGUCGCCACACAGUUGAGGAUGGUGUGUGAUUCAGACUCGGAGGAGCUUCUACUAGAAGAAAAACUCGCUUUCAUGCACGAGACGAGACACGCCUUCGGCCGAACGGCUUUGCUUUUAAGCGGGGGAGCCUCGUUAGGAGCUUUUCACGUGGGUGUUGUUAAAACUUUAGUCGAGCACAAGCUUUUACCUCGGAUAAUAGCCGGGUCAAGCGUUGGGUCCAUAAUGUGCUCGGUUGUGGCGACUCGUUCUUGGCCCGAGCUCCAGAGCUUUUUCGAAGACUCUUGGCACUCGAUCCAGUUUUUCGAUCAGAUGGGUGGGAUUUUCACGGUUUUCAAACGGGUCAUGACUCAUGGUGCAGUUCACGAAAUUAGGCAGUUGCAGAUGAUGUUGAGAAAUCUGACGAAUAAUCUGACUUUUCAAGAGGCGUAUGACAUGACGGGACGAAUCUUGGGGAUCACGGUUUGUUCUCCUAGAAAGCACGAGCCUCCUAGAUGUCUUAACUAUUUGACCUCGCCACAUGUCGUGAUAUGGAGUGCUGUCACGGCUUCUUGUGCUUUUCCCGGGCUUUUCGAGGCCCAGGAGCUCAUGGCUAAGGAUAGGAGUGGGGAGAUUGUGCCUUACCACCCGCCGUUUCAUUUGGGGCCCGAGGAGGCUUCCUCGGGGGCCUCGGCCCGUAGGUGGAGGGAUGGGAGUUUGGAGAUUGAUCUUCCCAUGAUGCAGUUAAAGGAGCUUUUUAAUGUGAAUCAUUUUAUUGUGAGCCAGGCGAACCCGCAUAUCGCACCAUUGUUGAGGGUGAAGGAGAUCGUUAGAGCUUAUGGAGGAAAUUUUGCUGCAAAGCUUGCUCAUUUAACAGAAAUGGAGGUAAAACACAGAUGUAAUCAGAUAUUGGAGCUCGGUUUUCCACUCGGGGGACUUGCCAAGCUAUUUGCUCAGGACUGGGAAGGCGACGUCACUGUCGUAAUGCCUGCUACUAUAUCUCAGCUGUCGAAGAUAAUACAGAACCCGACUUACGUGGAGCUUCAAAAGGCCGCCAACCAAGGCCGCCGGUGCACGUGGGAGAAGCUCUCAGCAAUCAAGGCCAACUGCGGAAUCGAGCUCGCACUCGACGAGUCGGUCACCGUUCUCAACCACAUGCGCCGAGUCAAACGCAAUUUGACGCCGUCGAGUGGGAGCCAUGAGGGCUCGGUUGCAGAGUGUGUGCAGAUCGACUUGAUGGAGAGGGAGAUGGAUGAUGCGGGCUCGGGAUCGGGCUCGGAGAGCGGUGAAUUCGCCGGUGAUGAGAGUGUUUUGGAGGGUUGA